AUUUUGCCCAAAUAUGGCUGCCCUUGUUUCACAUUUUUUCGCAUUCGCCAUAUGAGUCUCAUGUAUGUGACAUGUCAAGAUGUAAAUAACCGAUUUUUCUGAAUUAAAAAUAAUUAAAUAGUUGAACAGAGUUCACUCUCGACGAGAAUCUAACAAAUAGUGCGCAUCGGUGUAGGAAACAAUAAUGUCGCAGCAAAGUGCUAUUGUGCAAACGACUAAUACAGGUUCUGAUAUGACACCUACUAUGCUUGGGUCCUUACAAUCUGUAGGUCCUAAUAGUCAGACUUCGUCAGGUUUACCUAAUAUACAAAGCAAUGUCGGCAGCACCACGACAACAACUAUACCACAAACACAAUCCCAACAGACUCAGUACAUUUCGCAGUCUCCAAAGCAAGUGUUACAACAAUCGUCCACUUCAACUUCCUUCAACGAUUUUCCACAAUUUUUAACAAAAACAAGAUUACAAGAUUUGGUAAGAGAAGUGGAUCCUACUGAACAGUUGGAUGAAGAAGUGGAAGAAAUGCUUUUACAAUUAGCAGAUGACUUUGUAGAGACAACGGUAAAUGCAGCUUGUCUAUUGGCUAAGCAUCGUCAUGCGAAUACAGUGGAAGUUAAAGAUGUACAGUUGCAUUUAGAAAGAAAUUGGAACAUGUGGAUCCCUGGUUUUGGUACAGAUGAAGUACGUCCAUACAAACGAGCUACUGUCACUGAAGCGCAUAAACAAAGAUUAGCACUUAUACGAAAGUCUAUUAAAAAGUAUUAAAUCAUUUGUAAGUUACAAUUAGUUAGUCUUAACAAUUAAACCAUUGUAUUUUA